UAUCGAAGAGGUUGCAUAGAUAAUACGCAAACUCGUUUUUCCGAUCGGUAAACACGCUGCAGAGGAACGCGGCCUUUAAAUCAUAUGAUAAAUCCCCUAACCGACUAGUUUAAUUCAUACAACUGCGAGUUUUAACACAUAACUACUUUAGUCGCUAAAGGAUGAUUGUUGUUAACGUUUUUAAAUAGACACCGAAUUUAGAUGAUUAUUUAGUAUAAAAAAAAUACGAACAUGGAUAAGGAUUCGUUAGGCGCUACCCCUAGGGGAGCGCAACAAAAAAAGACGCAAAAACCUUUAAAACCUACUUGCAACUUCGGCAUAAACUUGGUGAUGUGUGUUUUGUGUCUUGUGAGUGUGUCAUCGUCAGUGUGGCGGGAAUUUGACAUGAAGAGUAGGUUGUCUGUUCUUGAAGAUAGGGUAGCUUACUUAGAACUAAGGUCGGAUUCUCCGGAGAAAGGAAUGGAAGGAUUGUUCGAACGAUAUCGACGGGAAGCUGUAUAUCAUUUGAAGAGGCGAGUUUUGAGGGAUGUUCCUCACGAUGGUAGAAGAAUGAGAGAUAUUCCCGAAUGUGUAUGUCCAGCAGGACCUGCAGGACCACCUGGACCACCAGGAGCACCGGGAAAAAGAGGACGCAAAGGAAAAAAAGGAGAAGCAGGAGAACCUGGUUCUCAAGGGGUAGCAGGAACACCGGGCAAGAAUGGUUUUCCGGGGCCCAUUGGACUUGACGGACCUAAAGGCGAACCAGGCAGACCUGGGGAAAAGGGACAAAAAGGUCAAACAGGAAGCGCAGGAAUAGACGUUCUUCAAGCUGUUAAGCUGCCUGGCAGGACUUUAAAAAGAUCGGUAACGACGCUACGAGGUGGAACUCUUGGAUACGCCGAAAUUGUCGCCGUCAAGGGGUUGCAAGAAAGGGGGCAUAAUAUUUCUGGCGAAGUAUUGAUUACCUUAAAAGGCGAACCUGGAGAACCAGGACCACCGGGCCCACCUGGUCCACCAGGAUCUGAAGGUAUGCCUGGACAUGAUGGUCGGCAGGGAAUGACUGGAGAACCAGGUCCACCAGGUGAACGUGGAGAUCCUGGACCUAUGGGUCCACCUGGGCCUCCUGGAUUGGACGGAAUGAUUGGACCAAAGGGCGACAGAGGUACUAUGGGUGCUCCAGGAUAUCCAGGACUACCGGGAUAUAUUGGUUUACCUGGUAUGCCAGGUAGAAAUGGCAGUAAGGGUGAAUCCGGUAUCCCAGGAGACAAAGGAGACAAAGGUGAAAGAGGGCUCACAACAACACUCACUGGUGAUCAAUUCCCUACAGGCAUUAUUGAAGGACCUCCUGGUCCUCCGGGACCCCCAGGUGAUAAAGGAGAACCAGGACCAAUAGGACCUCCAGGAGCUCCUGGAGAAAAAGGAGCAAGGGGAAGGCGAGGGAAAAAGGGCCUAAAUGGAAAUGUGUUAUCUAAAGGCGCUCCUGGAGAGAAGGGGACGGUGGGAUCACCAGGACCUAAAGGAGAAUCGGGAGUUAUGGGACCUCCUGGUAUUUCUGGAUUAAAUGGAGAACCUGGACUUCAAGGACCUCCUGGACUUCCGGGAUCAACUGGUGAAAAAGGCGAGAAGGGUGAUUAUGGUGAUAUUGGACCUCCUGGAUUAAUGGGACCACCUGGUUUACCUGGACCACCAGGUUAUCCUGGACAAAAAGGAGAGAAGGGAGAAAAAGGAGAUUCGAAAUACAAAAAGCUUAGGAGGCGACAGGGGGACGGUACUGGAGACUUCUAUACUGGAGAAUUGAUAAUGGGACCUCCGGGACCUCCUGGUCCACCAGGAAUUCCAGGUUUGCAGGGUCCACCAGGCAUCAAAGGGGAUCGAGGAGCAGAUGGAUUAAAAGGAGAACAAGGCGAUAAAGGUUCUAAGGGGGAUCCAGGACCAAUGGGAUUACCUGGACCAAUGGGAUUGAGAGGAGAAAGCGGUAGGCCGGGUGAUUAUGGAAAACCAGGUCCUAUGGGACCUCCGGGACUAGAUGGAAUGAAAGGGGCACAAGGGGAACCAGGAAAUAAAGGAGAGAGAGGAGAUCCUGGCCUCCCGGGUACAGAUGGGAUUCCAGGACAAGAGGGACCCAAGGGUGAUAAAGGAUACAAGGGUGAUGCAGGUCCAUUUGGAAAAAGAGGGAGAAAAGGGGAUAAAGGUGAUAAAGGAGAUCAAGGAGUACCAGGAUUAGAUGCGCCUUGUCCUUUAGGAACCGAUGGUUUACCGUUACCAGGAUGUGGCUGGAGACCACCAAAAGAUAUACCUCGACCUGCUCCACCACCUCCAAUAAGCAUGGACUUUGAAACAGAAGAUCCUACUGAUGAAGGUGAGGAUUAUGAGGAAGUCGAAGGUGAAGAGUAUGACGACUAUGCUGAAAUCAACCAAGCACUACCAACUGACAGUUAAUCCACACUAACGUUUCAUAUUUUUAUUAUUGAUCAGGCAUUAACGCGACACCAGGACCUGGUUAGUACUUAUAGUGUGAAGUGACCAUGUAUAUAAUUAGUGUUUCGGGAAUUUUAUAUUAUUAUUUUUUGUUACUAAUCAAUUGAAGAACUAUUAGAACUCUACAAUUUUGUGUCUCUGUAGCCAAUUUUAAAUAUUGUCCAUAUAUUUAUAAAAAUUUGUAUAUGUAAAUAAAUGGUUUAUGUCUAGUAUUUUAGAUUAAGUGAACUACUUUAUAGUCUUUAAAUGCGUUUUUGAAAUUAGUAGAAGUUUCUGUUACGACUAUCAAUUAAUAUAAAUUAUUUGUGACAUAUUUGUUGUACGUUUUUCGAUUAAAGUUUCAUUGUAUA